CUAAAUAGAGCAAAGGGGCGGAGCUCAACGGUGCCAACGAACGAUUCAGGAAACGGAGGACAUUUGUGGAGAUUUUAGCACUGCCAUAAGCAGCGGGAAUGAAUAUCCUUCCCAAGAAGUCGUGGCACGUCCGCAACAAAGACAAUGUGGCUCGCGUACGACGGGACGAAGCAGAGGCUGAACUUCAGCGGCAAAAGAGGGAGGCCCGAGUCCUCCUAGCUGAACAGGAGGCCAGGACUGAAUUCUUACGGAAGAAAGCACGUCUAUCAGAUGCAGGAGGUGAUAAGAGUGGUUCAGACCUUAUUUCUUUGGAUUCAGAAAAGCCCUCAGGACAUCUUAACCUUUUUCAGGGGUUGCAAGAGAGCGGCAACAAAGAAUAUGAAGAAGAGAAGAAGCAGGAAAAGGAGCGAAAGGAAAAAGCUCUAGGAAUCCUGACUUACUUGGGACAAAGUGCAGCGGAGUCUCAGACAUCCGUUCCUUGGUACCAGGAGCUGCCAGAUCGUAGCAAAACCAACGCCAAGGAUGAGAAACUUAAGGGAAGCCUGGACCCCCUGGCUGAGAUGGGGAAACAUUUAUACAAAAAGAAGUGCUCUCAUAAAAAGGAACAAAAGAAAGAAAAAGGAAAACCGAAACACAACGAAAGCAAAGGAAACCUAGCACUUAGGCCUCCAUCUUCUUCGCCAUCAUGCUCUCUGGAACAGCUCCGCCAGGAAAGGUUGCAGAGGGAAAGGUCAGAACGAGCUCGAACUGAAUCUCUUCUUGCCCAGAAAUCUGGAAUGGGUCCAUGCCAGGAGGAAGAAGAGGAAAUGGAUGAAAGGAAACGUGGCUACAACUCACAGUUCAACCCCCAGCUGGCAAAACAGAGAGCAGUGAAAGACAGUCAAAUUAAGUGGGUAUAAAGCAGGAAAUCUUCAGCUGAAAAUAUUCAUUGCAAAAUGCUUCAUAGAAUUCCUGGCCAUAAACCUGCAGAAUCAGGCCAAAAAUGACUUGUCAUAUGGCUUCUAGGAUGACUUUUACUCAAUUAUAAUUAUCAUUCACUGGGAAAAUCAGCCAAGCAAUUAAUAAAUCCAAUUUUGCUGUUUGCUCUGAACUGUCAGAAAAGAAAAAAAAUACACAAAGCUGGAUUGAUAAAGGAUACAAUUUCCUGAACCAGUAACUUAUCUGCUUUAUUUUUUAUAGCCUUCCUGAAAAUAGUGUUUUAUGGGGCACCAUGUCGAGGAUUCUGAAUUUAAUUGUAAAUGCAGAAGCAGCAAACCCAUCUCACGCAGCUAUCUAACAAAAUGAAAUUCAACAGUAAAAAAAGUAAGGUUCCAGAUUUAGGCACAAAAACCAAAAUGUACAGUACCUGUACAUUUUGGUUUUUGUGCCUAAAUCUGGAACCUUACUUUUUUCACUGUUGAAUUUCAUUUUGUUAGAUAGCUGCAUGAGAUGCGUUUGCUGCUGGUACCUUUAUAUGUGGUACCCUGCUCAAUAGUAACUGUGAGAGGAAUCUUGGAGUCCUAGUGGACAACCAUUUAGAUAUGAACCAGCAGUGUGCAGCAGCUGCCAAAAAAGCCAACAGUUCUGGGCUGCAUAAACAGAGGGAUAGAAUCAAGAUCACAUGAAGUGUUAAUACCACUUUAUAAUGAUGCGUUGGUAAGGCCACACUUGGAAUACUACAUUCAGUUUUGGUUGCCACGAUGUAAAAAAGAUGUGGAGACUCUAGAAAGAGUGCAGAGAAGAGCAACAAAGAUGAUUAGGGGACUGGAGGCUAAAACAUAUGAAGAACGGUUGCAGGAACUCGGUAUGUCUAGUUUAAUAAAAAGAAGGACUAGGGGAGACAUGAUAGCAGUGUUCCAAUAUCUCAGGGGUUGCCACAAAGAAGAGGGAGUCAAACUAUUCUCCAAAGCACCUGAGGGUAGAACAAGAAGCAAUGAGAGAAGCAACCUAGAACUAAGGAGAAAUUUCCUGACAGAACAAUUAAUCAGUGGAACAACUUGCCUGCAGAAGUUGUGAAUGCUCCAACACUGGAAAUUUUUAAGAAAAUGUUGGAUAACCAUUUGUCUGAAAUGGUGUAGGGUUUCCUGCCUGGGCAGGGGGUUGGACUAGAAGACCUCCAAGGUCCUUCCAACUCUGUUAUUAUUAUUAUGGUAUGGAGAACUGAGGCAGUGCCAUGUACAUCUGUCUUAAAAUAUUAAUUUACUGACCUAAGAGAUGGACCAAGCUAUUAGUCAAAAAGCACCCACUGAGAAGACUUCUUCAAGAUCCCAGAGGUGGCGAGAGGUCAUUCUUCCAUUUUUUUUGUAUGUGAUCCAGUUAGUUGAAAAAACUAGUAUUGCCAGUUUUCCUGCUAUUGUAAUUCAGUGCUCAUCUUUGUAUGCGACCGUCUGAUAUUAGAGAAAUGAGUAUGAGAAAGAUUUUGGACAACUGUGAAGAUUUAUCCUUGAAAUAAGAGCAUUUAUAGGCAGUAGUUGUAAUGUUGUAUUUUUUAGGUGUGAAAGACUGGAGCACAAUACAGGCUAAGUGAUGCGGGAAAGGUUAUGAUGUGCUAAUUAGCCAAAUUAUGUAAAAACAGGACUGUAGAUUGCCCAUAACUUGAAAAUGCAAAAGCACAUCUUAAAAGGAUACUUCUUGAACAAUUAUAGUUUUGCUUGGCUUAUUCUAUUGUGAGAAAUUGAGAUUGGCUUGUUAACUCUGGAUUUAAAGCUUAGCAUGCUAAAUUCGUGAUUGACUGUGACCAGAUUCCUGUAGGAUUCUCUGAGAUAGGUUGUGAAAUAAGCGGCCACAAUUUACUUCAAAUUUUGCUUGUUAUCUGGCUGCUGCUUCAUUAUCCAAAUAAACAUUUCCCUUUUUACUAUAU